AUGUGGGUCAGGCACAGUAAUUUCUUGGAUGUUGUAAGGGUUGAGUGGGAUUGGCAGGUCCCAGCGACUGGUGGCAGAGGACAAUUUAAGGUGGCUGAAGCUAAUUUCGAUAUGGAUGGCUCUACUGCUAAUAAGGCAGCUUUGCAAAAUGCUUGGGAUCGGAUUUUAGCUUGUAGACUUGGUAAACUAUUGCCUAAACUAAUUUCUGAGGAGCAAGGGGCGUUUGUUAAAAGGAGAAACAUUCUUGAUAAUGCAGCUCUGGUGAAUGAACUUGCUCAAGACAUUGAUAGGAAGUCAGAGAAGGUAAUAUUAUUCUCAAACUUGAUAUGGCGAAGGCUUAUGACAGCCCUGUGGGUUAUUUCAAGUCAACUAGAGAUGUCAAACAAGGAGACCCUUUAUCCCCAAGUCUUUUUUAUUUUAGCUGAAGAAGUUCUUAGUAGAGGUCUAAGAUCUCUCUUCUUUGGAGGUCAUGCUAAGUACUUCCAUGUUCCAAGGGGUUGUCCGAGUAUCUCUUAUAGUCUAUAUGCUGAUGAUACCAUUAUAUUUGCUCAAGCUCUGAAGUCUUCUAUGAUGCAGAUUAUUGGUUUCAUAUCUAGGUAUGAGGUUUCUUCAGGCCAAUUAGUUAACAAAUCAAAGAGCUACUUUUUGAUGUCUUCAAAAACUCCUGAACGUAGAAUCAAGAUGGUUGAAGAGGCUACAGGUUUUAAAAGAGGCUCAUUUCCUGUUACCUAUUUGGGUAUUCCUAUAAUCAAAGGGAGGGCUAGAAUUUGCCAUUUUAAUGCAGUCCUUGAAAAGGUUUCAAAUAAGCUUGCAGGGUGGAAAGGAAAGUUGCUCUCAACAGGUGAUAAGAUUAUUCUAAUUAAGCAUGUUCUUUGCAACAUCCCGAUCUAUUUACUUUCUGCUUCUUUGCACAAAAACUUGGAAAAGACUUUUUGUCCUUAG